CGGGGCGCGUGACGCAUUUGGAGAGGGAGAGAAGCGCCGGUGGCGGCGGCGGCGCCGCGGAUCGCGCUCUCUCGCCCUUGGCCGGUCUCCCUGCCCGGCUGGAGGUUGCGGGGCGGAGCAGGCUGUGCCGGGGGACGCGGCCGUGUGGGGCGGAGGCAGCCUCGCUCCGCCCCGGCCUGCGUCGCCCCCUUGCGCGAUCCCAGCCUCCGGAGGCGCACGGAGCCCGAUCUCGGGGCGCAGCGUCCCCCUCGGCCGCCUCCGCCGCUCCAGCCCCCUUCUUCGCCCAUGGGGACCCUCCCGGAGCGCGGCCACCCGCCCUCGCCCCGCGCCUGGUGGUGAGUCGGGGCACCCGGGGCGCCCGUCCUUUGUCUCCCUUUCUCUCCCUCUUUCCUCUGCGCGCCCCCCUCUCCAUCCCUCCUCCGGCCUCAUCCAUCCAUCCAUCCGCCCUUCUCUCUUUUCUCCCCCAAGACUUAUGCUCCCCCCCCCAUGUCCCGCCUCCCUCUCCCUAUUCCUAUUUUUUCUUUCUCUCCGCCUCCCUGUGACCCGGAAUGCGGAAACAGGAGGCCUGCCUCGGCUCUCCACGCCAUGGGACCCCCGCUUCCCUCUCCCGGCUCCCUCCAUCGCCCACACCCCCUUCUCCCCUUAUGGACCCUCCCCACCCUUCAAACACACCCAGUUAUUAUGAGUUUCCCUCCCUGCAGCGAAAACGGCCCCACCCACCCGAUUUUUUGCUUACCUCCAACUCUGACCCCUGUAUUUGCAUUUCUAUCCCCACCUUUUUCUCAAGGGGGUGGGCCUUAUGGUGCUCCCCACGCCACCCCACUCCUUUAAAGUAGGUUUGGCUAAGAGGCGGGUGGCUGGGCUCAAGGUCACGCCUUCGUGGCCAGGUGGGGAUUCGAACCCAGGUCUCUCACCUGGGUCCUAGUCCGAGGACACUCUAACCACUACGCAAGACCACAGUGCCCGCCCCCCUCCCGCUUCAUUCAACCUAGUUCACCCUAGACAUCCCAGGGAUUGAAUUGGGCGCGUUCUGCAUUCAAGGCAGAUACUUUACCCCUGAGCAAGAUAAGUGUGGACCCCUUCUUCUCCUCUGCCCCACAGUCCAGCCCCCUUUUGUAUCCUUUCCAGGCCCUCCCUAUUCCUGCCACCUGCCCUUCUCCCUCCCUCCCUUCCAUUCCUUCUGUUCCCCCUAAUUAAUUCAUCCCACCUUUUACGCUUCUUUUCAUUUGGGGAAUUGUGGGAUGAAACCCGAGCGGCUGGCUGCUUUAUUGUUGACCUCAAUAGUACUGUAUUUAGUUAAUUAUUACAUUUAAGGGGGUCAGAGCUAGGUACGCAAUUCAUUCCUCUCUCUUCCGUUCUCUCAACAACACUGAGAGGUAGGCUGGGCAGAAAGCAUGAGACUUGCCCAUGUUCACUCAGGGAACUUCAUGGCUGAUUCGAACCCAGCUCUUCCUGGCCAUAGUCUGACAACUGGGGUCGAAGUUUGGGGACCCCUGUUCUCAACUGGAGGCUCCUUGGUGCAGAGAGACGUUGCUGAGCGUCAACGAUUCUUCCAUUUUAGGGGGUUAGGCUAGAUGACCCCGGAGGGUCCCUUACAACUGGCGAUUCUAUGAUCUGCUCUUUCUCUCACUGCAGACGCUGCCCCAUGGAUACCAGCCCCCCGACUCCGGACCCCGGGGGCCCGCGGAGGGACUUUGCGGCUUCUGACCAAGGACCCCCGUCUUUUGAGGGGCUUCUGGGGCGGCUGGGAGCUGGGGGGCGAAGGCAGCGCCUCCUCCUGGCCCUGACCUGCCUGCCAUGCCUCCUCCUGGGGCUCGGAGCCGGCUCGGACGCCCUCUUCACUCUGACGCCUCCACGCCACUGCCGGGACCCCAACAGCACCCGGUUCCCGGACAACGCAACCUGCUGGGACCCCCACUGCCAGAGCUGGGAAUACGGGGGUCUCCCAGCUCUCACCAACAAUCCGGUGACCGAGGUGAGAGCCUCAAAUCCCCUCUCGACGUUGCCACCCAGGUCCACUUCCUGGCCCCCCACCCUCACCGUACCCAGGAGAGGCAGAAGGGUGCAGUGGUUCUUGUGCUAGACCAAGGAGACCUGAGUUCGAAUCCCCAGGAAGUUAACUGAGUGUGCUCUUGGGCCAGGCUGCAUUACAUGGUGGUUGUGUCUAUAAAAUGGACGGAGUGGGAAUAACCAGUUAUGCCUGUUCUUAGCUCUUUAAAGGAGGCAGACACAAACACACACACAUAUAUAUAGUGCCAGAAACUUUCUUACAGAACAUGUUCCUUCACUCCUACACAAAGCAGUUAAUUGGAGCCAGUCCACAAACUGGCUUUCAAUGCUGGGCUCAAGCUGAAUCACACGAUAUAAUAAUAAUAAUAAUAAUAAUAAUAAUAAUAAUAAUGGGGAGAUUGCAUCUGAGGCGUGGCGACAGGAGUGCUCCUGUGCAUGUCUGGGGUCUUUUCUCCCUGUUCCUGUGCUGCUGGAUAGUCACUGCCAGAUCCUGAAACCAGGAUCGGGGAACAUGGGGGUCACACUUGUAGGUCACACUUGCCCCAUCCUCCCUUCCAGCUCUUUGACGUCUGCUGCCGCAAGAAUGCAUCCAUUCAGAGCUAAUUUGACCCCGGACUUCUAGGAUCUCAAAUUUAGAUCCUUGUUCAUUUGGGGGUUAUUGGUAAUUUUUCGCAACCUGUUUUUACAUGCGAGCCAAAAUGCGUUGCAACUCUCUCAACUCAGAGCUGCAAAUUUAAGCAAAUGAGAGAAGCAUUUGGUAAAAAUCUAUAUGGCUGAUAAAGAUUUUGGCAUAUUAAAUACUGAGAAAUGUGCAUAUAAAUGUUAAUAAAUAUAUAGGUUCUGAUGGCACAAGAUUAGACCUUUCCCAUCAGCUGAUUAUAGAAACAAACCACUCACUCUAUGGGACAGGGGAAAGCUGGAUUUGUUUUUUUGUGGGGGGUCACGGAAUCGUAGAGUUCGAAGGGACCCCGAGGGCAAUCUAGUCCAACCCCCUGCAGUGGAGGAAUCUAACAUGGGGCUCGAACCCACAACCCUAAGAGUCUCUUGCUCUACUGGCUGGUGGUCCUUUUUUUUUUUAUUUUAGUUACAGUUAUGGGCCUCAAAAGCUGGAAGUGACCCAAGCCUCUCUGGACCUCUGAGAGGGGCUGCAUCCACCACCCAUAUUCCUGCCCUCCUAUAAACGUCAUGUUCUCCAUUGUUCCGCUGCUUUUAACCUCUCUUUCUCCUCAGUGGUCCCUGGACUGUUUCCGUGGAUGGAUUGUUCCCUUGGAGCAACUCUGCUUCCUCCUGGGUUUUGCUGCAGGCGCGCUGCUGCUGGGACACCUGGCAGACAGGUAAGCCAGAGGGUGAGGCAGCGGGCCUGUCGAUGGGGCAGUUGGCAGGGGAAGCCAUUUGUCGUGAAGACAUUUGCUCCCACGAGAUCCAUAAGGAAAGCCUGCCGGAUCGGGCCAGUCGAGCACAUCCAUUCCAGUUCUAUCCUACAUGACCUCUCCCUUGUUGGAGGUAGCCUGGCUCUGAGGGCCAGUUUUUGGGAGUCACAAAUGCAGAGAGAGCGCUGCUAUGCUCAAGUCCUGCUAUGAGAACAGGGAAAAUAAAGAUAGGAUACCCUUAAUUCAAUGGACUGACGAUAGGACAUCACUGGUACAGUGGUACCUCGCAAAACGAAUGCCUCGCAAGACGAAAAACAUGCAAGACGAAAGAGUUUUCCGUUUUUUGAGUCGUUCCACAAGACGAAUUUCCUAUGGGCUUGCUUCGCAAGACGAAACGUCUUGGAGUUCUUGCGAGUUUGUUUCCUUUUUCUUAAAGCCGCUAAGCCGCUAAUAGCCGUGCUUCGCAAGACGAAAAAACCGCAAGACGAAGAGACUCGCGGAACGGAUUAAUUUCGUCUUGCGAGGCACCACUGUAAUUUAUGAACGCAGCCGCAGACUCCGUAUGGAUAAAUACAAUAACAUCUGGAAUGAGUUUAUGCAAAAUGUGGUAGGCUUUUCGUAUUUACAUAAGCACUAGGACAAUAACACUAUACCAAUUUAUACAAGAAUGUCUGGGAAUAUCGUAUAUUGAUUAUACAAUAUAUUAUAUAUUAUAUAUAUAUAUAUUAUAUAUACAGUGGUACCUCAGGUUAAGUACUUAAUUCGUUCCGGAGGUCCGUUCUUAACCUGAAACUGUUCUUAACCUGAAGCACCACUUUAGCUAAUGGGGCCUCCUGCUGCCGCCGCACGGAGGAGCACAAUUUCUAUUCUCAUCUUGAAGCAAAAUUCUUAACCCGAGGUAUUAUUUCUGGGUUAGCGGAGUCUGUAACCUGAAGCAUAUGUAACCUUAAAAUAUCAAUUACUUCCCUUCUCCCUUCUCUUUCCAUGGUUCAUUUUGCAAAUCUUAAAUUCCUGCGUAUUUUACAUAAUCUAAACCAUUCAGUAUACCAUUAUUACAUCCAUCAAAACUUACUUACACUGUUGAAUUUAUCUUAACACUGCCAACGUUUUCCAGUGGACACAAUUCCCCCCCAUAUAUUCAAUUAAUAUUUUCCAAUCUCCUCUAAACUUAUGUUCUUCUUGUUCUCUUAUUCUGUAUGUUAGGUCUGCAAGCUGCACAUAUUCUGUCAGCUUAAGUUGCCAUUCUUCUUUAGUUGGGACCCCCCUCGUUUUCCAUUAGGGGGGCUAACAAAACACGGUCCGCAGAAGUGGCAUACAUAAAUAAACUUUUCUCAUUUAUUUAUUGCAUAUUUUCUCUUUUAUGUGUAUCUUUGUGGUUGCUGUUUUACGCCCUCUCACUUUUCCUCCCCGCUCCCAUCUCUUUAUUUCUUUUAACUAAAAUCACCUUAAUAAAUUAUAAAUAUUAAAAAAAAAAAAAAUCUGCUUUGGAGCUUCUCCUUGAGAUGUCUGGUGAGAAGAGGAUGGUGGGCUAGAGAUGGAAACCCUUUUUGGCCUGCGAUCCAGCAGCCAGCCUCUUCUUAAUGGUUGCUGCUGGCAUCCUUCUGUCUCAAUGGAGUGCGCCUCUGGGCGUGAAGGUCAGACUGCUGCGUUAACAGCCCCAGAGUGACCUUCCCAGGGCCCAGGCCUGAGCAGUGGAAGUCCUGGGCUCCCCAGACGACAAGACCCCCAUCUCGGUCUUGCUGGUGUGGCGCAAGGAAAAGCAGAGCAAGACUUUCGGCGCCAUCUUGGCUGCAGGAGUUGCCGGAAAGAGGCGUACCAGGUGCCAUGAAACCUCCUUAGGGACUCCGCUCAGGAUUUCAUUUUGCCCCAUUUCAUUUCACUUCUAAUUUAUACCCCGCCUUUCUGUAUUACAGUGGUACCUCGGGUUACAUAUGCUUCAGGUUACAUACACUUCAGGUUACAGACUCCACUAAGCCAGAAAUAGUACCUUGGGUUAAGAACUUUGCUUCAGGAUGAGAACAGAAAUUGUGCUCUGGCGGCGCGGCAGCAGCAGGAGGCCCCACUAGCUAAAGUGGUGCUUCGGGUUAAGAACAGUUUCAUGUUAAGAACAGACCUCCGGAACGAAUUAAGUACGUAACCAGAGGUACCACUGUACUCUGCACAAGGCGGUUUGCGAGCUGAAGAAACAACAAAACAAGACAGCAAAAAAUCACACCCCUAACAACAAUCUGAUCUGGUUCAUAAAAAGCCGUAAUAAAAACAUAACUUUAAAAUGAAUGACUUAAACCAAACAAAGCAAUAUUCAAUAAUCCAUUCAGGUAUAGGAAAAAGUAAAAUUAAAUAUCAGCAAGUAAUAAUUGAACGGUUUACAAUAAAGACCCAGAAUACAAAAAUUACUAAACUACGAUCAAUAAAAAUAGCGGCAAGUCACAGUGCAUGAAAUACAGUCGUGCCUUGGAUCCUGAAUGCCUAGUGAGUCGAACGUUUUGGCUCCCAAAUCCUGCAAACUGUUCCAGUUUGCGAACGUUCUUUGGAAGCUGAUUGUCUGACGGGGCUUCUGCGGCUUCCGAUUGGCUGCAGGAGCUUCUUACAGCCAAUCGGAAGCCGCGCUUUGGUUUCCAAACAUUUUGGUAGUCAAAUGGACUUCUAGAACGGCUUCCGAGGUACGACUGUACCACAAAACAUACAAAACCAUUUCAAAGGAUCAAACUGAGAAACGAGGACACGCAACUUACAAUUAAAAAAUAAAUAAAUCCCCGAACCUUGAUGAAAAUAAUUAUAAAAAAUCCCUGAGCCUGGAUUUGCAUAGGGUUUACUGCUUCCUCAAGAAAGUCUCAAAGUUGACCUUUUUAUCCAGACCUUUGUGGAAGACUCGGAGGAGCUUGGGCUAGGAAGGAGAGAGAGGAGAAUCGGCAGAGCAACCUCUCACCUCCUUUGUCUUUUCAUCCGCAGCGUGGGGCGUCGCGGGACCCUCCUCCUGGCCCUGGCCCUGGGUUGCCCUGCGGGCUUCUUGGCUGCCUUUGCCGCCUCGCCCUCCGUCUUCAUGUUGGGCCGUUGCCUCUGGGGGGCGAUGCUGGGGGGCUUGCAGCUCUCCCUCUACCUUAGCCGUGAGUAUCCUCGCCUACGUUGCGCAAGCGAAUCCAUCGGUUGGGAGGGUUCCUCCAUUGCAGGCCUCAGCGUAGGAAACACAAGACGCUGCCUUCAUUCAAUAGUUUUAAUUGGGGUUUGAAUGAAGGUGCAAUGGAUUGUUGGGAUGCGGGUGACACUGUGGUCUAAACCACUGAGCCUCUUCGAAUCCCCGCGACGGAGUGAGCUCUCGUUACUCUGCCCCAGCUCCUGCCAACCUAGCAGUUCGAAAGCACACCAGUGCAAGUAGAUAAUUAGGUACCACUGCGGCAGGAAGGUAAAUGGCGUUUCUGUGUGCUCUGGUUUUCAUCACGGUCCUCCAUGUGCCAGUAGUAGUUAGUCCUGCUGGCCACAUGACCCGGAAAGCUGUCUGUGGAUAAACAUCGGCUCCCUCGGCCUGAAAGCAAGAUGAGCGCCACAACCCCAUAGUCGCCUUUAGUUGGACUUAACCAUCCAAGGGUCCUUUACCUUUUUUUUUUUUACCUAAAGGUGCAAUGGAUUGUUGCUGUUUUGCGUUAUUAUAUUCCUUAGUGGAUUGUGCAAACCACGGUUUAUCGUGCAUUUUUACAGAGUAGGCGCUGGAGAUGAGUUGCUGGAACCAAGGGGGCAGUAGCGAGAAAAUGACCUUAUCUAGCAGACCGGUAAAUGCUCUCCUGAAUUUCAGGCAAGGCUCUCUCAUAGUCCUACCCAGAGAUGCCUGGAGGGAUUUGAAUCUGGGGUCUCCUGCGUCCAAAGCAGACACUUUAACCCUGAGCUACGGCAUUUCAGGAGUUUGACUUUUAAAUAUUAACUCUGUGAGAUACGGCCAACCUUGGAAGUUGAACGGAAUCCAUUCCGGAAGUCCGUUCAACUUCCAAAACGUUCGGAAACCCAAGCGCGGCCAAUCGGAAGCCCCGUCGGACGUUUGGGUUCCGAAAACCAUUCGAAAACCGGAACACUCACUUUCGGGUUUCGAUUGUUCGGUAGCCAAGGCGUUCAAGAUCUAAGACUGUACUCAGUUUUGCUCUUUUACUUAGCUUUAGGGCCGUGGUUCCCAACAAUUUGAUUUUUAAGGGGGGAAAUUCGAGAAUGAGUUAUUAACAGUUAAUGGCCUUUUAGGCUUCCUCCACAUGAAUAGUUCAUUUUUUUAAUAUUAUAUGCCAUGGGGGGGCACAUCAGGAUUUUAGAGAUGCUUAGGUGGGGCAUGGCCAAAAAAAAGGUUGGGCACCACUGCUUUAGGGAGUUUCGUUGAUGUUUUCAUCUGGCGUUUUCAUUGUUUUCCAUGUCAACCGCUGCUCUGUCACCCCUGGAAAAUAUUUACAGUGGUAACUCGGGUUAAGAACUUAAUUCGUUCUGGAGAUCCGUUCUUAACCUGAAACUUUUCUUAACCUAAAGUACCACUUUAGCUAAUGGGGCCUCCCGCUGCCGCUGCACGAUUUCUGUUCUUAUCCUGAAGCAAAGUUCUUAACCCGAGGCACUAUUUCUGGGUUAGCAGAGUCUGUAACCUGAAGCUUCUGUAACCCAAGGUACCACUGUAAUUGCAGCUUAGAAAUUUGCCCCCUAUUAAGUAGUGGGUUGACAAAGCAGACGACACAGAGAUUUCUCCAAGUGGUUCUUUAUAGUAAGCUGGAACUGAACUGAACUGAACAACUCAGCUGACCUGCUUGUAUACUCCAGGGUUUCCCGCCUAAAUUAACUGACGUGGACCUGAGUAAAAACUAUACAGUCAUACCUCGAGUUGAAUGUGCUUCAGGUUGAGCGCUUUUGGGUUGCGCUCCGUGGCAACCAGGAAGUAAUGGAGCACGUUACUUCCAGGUUUCGCUGCUCGCGCAUGCGCAGUUGCUCAAAAUGACGUCGUGCACAUGCGCAGAAGCAGCAACACGCGUUUUACGUUCCAUUCAGGAUGUGAACAAGGCUCCGGAACGGAUCCCUUUCGUAUCCUGAGGUACCACUGUAUACACAAUACCCCUGGUGGCCAGGGUGAGAAUUUCAAUACAUAACACACACCCCAUCCUUUUUGCCUGGCCGUGCCUUGACUUAGCCGCUGCCUCUCUUCCUUUCCAGGCUUGGAGCUGUGCUGCCCGCCCCAGCGGCUGCCCGUGACCAUGGCGGCAGACCUCCUCAUGGUCGGGGGGCACUUCCUUCUUCUGGGGCUGGCAUUGGCGUGUGGCAGUUGGAGGGUCUUGCAGGGCGUCAUGGCGGCUGGGCUGGGCCUCUGCCUCCUCUAUGGGUAAGUUGUGGCCGCGUCACUGAAACCUCUCGCCAAAACCAGGCAGAAGGCCUUUGGGGGGGGGGGGAAAUAAUAUUUUUAUUAGUUGUCAAUUACAAUAAUUCAAUAAUAGCCUCAUUAGAAGAAAGGGAUAUUAGCUCCACCCAAGGCAUGAAGGAGAACAGCAACAACCAGGGAAAGGUAAACAUAAAAUUUUACAAGGACAAAAAAGAAACAUCACGGACAGGCUAUAGUUUGAACGCUUCACCUGUAGAUUUAUAAAUCAUUUAAUGUGUCAAUACAAAUGGAAGUCAUUAAUAUUGCUGUUGUUGUAUAAGGGAUUGCUAUUUUGCCUGGAGCGUAAUUGAAAUUCAUAAGAUUUGGGGACUCAGAAAUAAAGUACAUCAUCAAACCACCAAUUCUAGCAUGCGGGGGACCACCUAAAUUACAUAAUUUGGCAUCUGAAUGAUUGGUAUUAGUAAUUGUAUUAUAAUUUGGCGUUGUUAUAAUGAGGCUGAAAGCCUUUUUGCUUGUUGCACCCAGUACGGGAAACUACCACCCGGCACAAUUCCAAGUGUUGGUGCUGACCUUUAAAGCCCUAAACGGCCUCAAAUGCCCAGUAGACCUGAAGGAGCGUCUCCACCCCCAUCGUUCAGCCUGGACACUGAGGUUCAGCUCUGAGGGCCUUCUGGCGGUUCCUUCACUGCGAGAAUUAAAGUUACAGGGAACCAGGCAGAGGGCCUUCUCGGUGGUGGCGCCCACCCUGUGGAACACCCUCCCAUCAGAUGUCAAGGAAAUAAACAACUAUCUGACUUUUAGAAGGCAUCUGAAGGCAGCUCUGUUUAGGGAAGUUUUUAAUGUUUGAUAUUUUAUCGUGUUUUUAAUAUUCUGUUGGGAGCUGCCCAGAGUGGCUGGGGAGGCCUGGCCAGGUGGGUGGGGUAUAAAUAAUAAGUUGUUGUUGUUGUUGUUGUUGUUGUUGCUGCUGCUGUUUUCUGCAGUCUUCAGAUGAGGAUUAGACUACGCAAAAAAUGAAUACAGUCAUACCUUGGGUUAAAUAUGCUUCAGGUUGAGCGUUUUCAGGUUACACUCCGCGGCGACCCGGAAGUAAAGGAACACGUUACUUCCGGGUUUUGCUGUAUGCGCAGACGCUCAAAAUGACGUCACACGCAUGCGCGGAAGCAGUGAAUCAUGCCACACGCAGAUGCAAGUUGCAUUCGCUUUAGGAUGGGAACGGGGCUCCGGAACGGAUCCCGUUCGCAUCCAGAGGUACCACUGUAUAAAAUUUUAGCUGCAGUCCAUUCAUUUUCAGCUUUGUAUUCUUUUUAUUAAAAAAGUGUGCCUAGACAUUCCGUUGCUGCGCCCAUAACCUAGGUUUAAGGUGUCAUUUAGCUCCUAGCUUUCAUAUCUCAGUUUCUAACACUGCCUGAUACCCCUGAUUUCCCCCCCCCCCGCCCGCCCCGAUCCUGCUUAGGUGCCCUGGAUUGUACCCAGACUCACCCCGGUGGCUCUUGGCCACUCGACGGACAGCCCAAGCCAAGGAGAUCCUGCUAGCCCUGGCUGAGGGCAGUGGCAGCCAGGAGUCGGAGGCUCAGGAGGCCUUGGAAGGUGAGUCUCAAGAAGAGCAUGCCCAGAGGGCUUUGAUCCAAAGAUUUUACAGAGGGCAUGCCAAUUUCUGCUUGAAGAACUGGGCUCUAGGUGAAGUGGGAAGCCUCUGCCCUCCUUUCCACCUGCCCCUUUAAAAUAUUUAUAGAAAUAUAUCUCUCUCUCUCAAACCUUUAUUGAGCCGGACAAUAACCAGCAUUAAGAAAGCAAAGGGAUUUUAUUUUAUUUUUAAGGAAAUGAAGCACAUUUAUUCAGAUACAUAUUACAGGGCAGAGCAACAUAAAUGAAAGUCGCAAGAGAUUAUAUAGGCAGCAAGAAAAUUAGAAUUUAUAGGCCUAUCACAAACUCCGAAGAGGGAGGCUGCAAAAUGUCUGGGGUCAAUUCCCGGCGAGUUUUGAAAGCGAGAGAUGCCUUUUGAUUGUCCUGGCAGAUUUAAUAAAUGGGGCUCAAUGAAGACUUUGCAUAGAUUUUAGUAAAAGGAGCAAUACAGGAGGAGAGCCGUGUGGCUGUAGCUUCUCCUCAUGGGUGGAAUGCCCUUUUCAACUCCUUUAUUUUGUGUGUUUUCCCCUAAAUCUGCUUCUGAAGAACUUGACAAUGCCUGCCACCUCCCUGCUGCAGCCCAGAUUUCAUUCCGGGCCGUGCUGUCCUGCAGAAACAUCUGGAAGAAUGUUCUCAUCCUCGGUUUCACUACGUAAGUCCACCUUCCUUUGUCCUGAACCAGAAAGUCUUGGCAUUGGUGGGGGGUCAGGGAGGGUUCACAGAGCACCAGGUGGCUUUUAACAUAGGGAUCCACUCUUUUGGAACUUUUAAUCAGCCAUUGCACCAUGCAAGGAUCUAGAAUGCAUAUAACCAUUCCAGUGGUCCUAAUUCCUUUCCUUUUUAUAACAUACAAUUUCAUCUCAACUUCCCUUGAGAGAAACUAUGAGAUUUAUGCACUACCAUUUACAACUUUAUCACAGCUGAGUGGAUCACUGUUUGGUUGCUCUUUUAAAAAUAUUUUUAAAGGUAUUCGGCAGUUUUCCCUGUUAUUUUCUCCCAACUCUACAUUUCCACGAUUUUUAUAUUUAAAAAACUCCUGCUGCUUUAAUUUUUGUUCUUCUGUUUUCUUUUUCUUUUUCUUCAGGGUGCUUUUGGUUUGGAUGCAUUUUCUUCCAGCAAGCUCCUUUCAAUAUUAUUAAUAUUAAUAUUAUUUAUUACUUAUACCCCAUCAAUCUGGCUGGGUUUCCCCAGCCACUCUGGGCAGCUUGCAGCAUAUCUAAAAACAUAUUAAAAACAUCAACCCUUAAAAACAUCCCUAAACAGGGCUGCCUUCAGAUGCCUUCUAAAAGUCAAAGAGUUAUUUAUUUCCUUGACAUCUGGUGGGAGGGUGUUCCACAGUGCGGGCACCACCACCGAGAAGGCCCUCUGCCUGAUUCCCAGUAACCUCACUUCUCGCAGGAAGGGAACCACCAGAAGGCCCUCAGAGCUGAACCUCAGUGUCUGGGCUGAACAAUGGGGGUAGAGACGCUCCUUCAGGUAUACUGGGCCUUUGAGGCCAUUUAGGGCUUUAAAGGUCAGCACCAACACCUUGAACUGUGCUUGGAAACAUACUGCGAGCCAAUGUAGGGUUUUCAGGACUGGUGUUAUAUGGUCUCGGUGGCCACUCCCAGUCACCAGUCUGGCUGCCACAUUCUGGAUUAGUUGUAGUUUCCAGGACACCUUUCAUUCCCUCCAAUCCCCCCAAAAUUGGAUAUACAGUGGUACCUCGGGUUACAUACACUUCAGGUUACAGAUUCCACUAACCCAGAAAUAUUACCGCAAGUUAAGAACUUUGCUUCAGGAUGAGAACUGAAAUCGUGCUCCAGCGGCGUGGCGACAGCAGGAGGCCCCAUUAGCUAAAGUGGUGCUUCAGGUUAAGAACAGUUUCAGGUUAAUAACGGACCUCUGGAAUGAAUUAAGUACUUAACCCGAGGUACCACUGUAAAAAGGGACACGGGUGGCGCUGUGGGUUAAACCACAGAGCCUAGGACUUGCCGAUCUGAAGGUUGGCGGUUCGAAUCCCCGCCACGGGGUGAGCUCCCGUUGCUCGGUCCCUGCUCCUGCCAACCUAGCAGUUCGAAAGCACGUCAAAGUGCAAGUAGAUAAGUAGGUACCGCUCCAGCGGGAAGGUAAACGACGUUUCCGUGCGCUGCCCUGGUUUGCCAGAAGCGGCUUAGUCAUGCUGGCCACAUGACCCGGAAGCUGUACGCCGGCUCCCUUGGCCAAUAAAGCGAGAUGAGCAACCCCAGAGUCGGCCACGACUGGACCUUAUGGUCGGGGGUCCCUUUACCUUUUACCACCGUACUGUAAAAAACUAAACUGCAUUGAUGUUGUUGUUGUUUUCUGUCUGGCACCUCUCCAGAUUCAUCGCCCACGCCAUCUGCCACUGUUACCUGCUGGCCUGGGAAUCCCUGGAGGAUUCACGGGCCAACUUCUACCUCUCCUACCUGCUGUCAUCCGGCAGUGCGGGCCUUGCCUGCCUCUUCCUGUGCCUGAGCGUCGACCGUUACGGACGCCGCGGGAUUCUCCUCCUCACCACCACGCUGGCUGGCAUCGCUUCCCUGAUCCUGCUGGGCCUGGGAGAGUGUAAGUCGCUUCAAGUUAGUUUUCCUUUUUUAAAAAAAGCCGCUAAGGAGUUUCAUUUGCAAUCAUGGUCACGCCCAAAUUGAGGAUGUGUGUCACAGGGCUCCUCUGCCCUUCCAGAAAGAUGCACUAGGCAGAUUGCAGAGACAUGACCGCAGAUCGAGGACUCAGUAGGCUGAUAACAACCAGUCCUGUUUAUUCUUUUUCCCCCAUCAAAUGUAGAUGGGAAGCUGACCCAAAAGUCCAGGGGUUGCAUUAUUAUCAAUUUAUGAUGGGGUGGAAGGUUCACAAGCUAAGAAGGACUUGCUCACAAAUUUAUUGACAGCUGCAUGAGUUAUUAUAGCUAGGAAGUGGAAGGGGCAAGCAGAAUAUAAAAUAGAAGAAUGGUAUAAAGCGGUGUGGGAUAUAGCUAUGAAUGAUACAUUAACAUGUGCCAGUAAGGUAAGGCAGGAGAAAUAUGCAGGAGAAAUUAUUCUGAGGAGAUAUGGAGGGUGCCUGUAGAAUAAAACGGAAAGGGGUUGAAAUUUUGGAAGGCUGGAUAGUUGGAAUGGUCUUAGUGGUGGGGUGCACAUUUUUGUUCUUAUUUAUUCAUGAUUAUUACUUUGUCAAAAUAAAAUAAAGUAUCUUUUAAAAAAAAUGUAGAUGGAGAAGUUGCUGCUGGGCAGAAACAGCCCCUCAAAUUAGUAAAAUGUAAUCCAGCAUAGUGAAGCUCGAUCCAUAGAAGUCAGAGGUACAGUCAGUAUGCAAUUCUGUAAUUAGAGAGGCAGUGUUCAGUCUGUUGCAAUCUAGAAUGGGUUGCACCCCUUUGAAAUAUCACAGUUGCAGGUGAGGAGCUACUGCUUGAUCUAGGCCUGACUCUCAGUGUCUUCUAUGCAUGUGAUAAUUUUUUAGCCUCUUGUGAAUGAAUUUAAAUGUGCAUUUCCUUUAGUGAUGCUUUCUUUUGACAUGUUUAAGAUAAUGAUCCUGUUGUUGUUGUUGUUAACUUAGCUGUGUUAUAUGUGCAUUCUGUAGUUGACCUCGUUUGCAAUGUUUCCUUUUGAAACCUUUUAAAGAUAUUAUCUUCUCUUAAGUAUGUUGUGGGAGGGACACAGGUGGCGCUGUGGGUUAAACCACAGAGCCUAGGACUUGCCGAUCAGAAGGUCGGCGGUUCGAAUCCCCGCCACGGGGUGAGCUCCCGUUGCUCGGUCCCUGCUCCUGCCAACCUAGCAGUUCGAAAGCACGUCAGAGUGCAAGUAGAUAAAUAGGUACCACUCUGGCAGGAAGGUAAACGGCGUUUCCGUGCGCUGCUCUGGUUCGCCAGAAGCGGCUUAGUCAUGCUGGCCACAUGACCCGGAAGCUGUCUGCGGACAAACGCCGGCUCCCUCGGCUAAUAAAGCGAGAUGAGCGCCGCAACCCCAGAGUCGGUCACGACUGGACCUAAUGGUCAGGGGUCCCUUUACCUUUAAGUAUGUUGCUUUGAAUGUAUACCUGACUUUCUUCAGUCGUGUUUUAUUCUGGAUUGUUUUGUUUGAUGUUUUAAUGUAAAGUAAACCGCUUCAAGGUUUUUUCCCUUAAAAAUAUAGCGUAGUUUAGAAAUGAAAUUAAGAAGAAGAAGAACAUAUAAAGCCCUGUUGAGUCACACCUGUGCAGGGCUAAUUAGUGUCAUGUCUUUGCACGUAAUUUCUAUAUUUCAAAGGAUACAUUUUUCUUGUUUUAAUUUGCAUAUUAUUAUUAUUCAUUAUUGUUAUUGUUUGUUGGUAGGUUAUGUAUUUUUGUGUUUUCACAUUUUGAACCACCAUAAGAAUAAUGAUCAUACAGUAAUUGGUUAGUUGCUUUAUCUUGCCCAGGGCAAAAAACAACUUACGAAUAGAUAGACAGACAGACAGAAGACCCCACAUAGAUAUAUUAAAACCAAGAGGAUAAAGAAAUACAUUAAAAACACCCCACCCACUUCAAAAAGACCACAGAUAGUUAAAGGCCAAAAGUAUUAUUAUAUACUUUUGAUAGACAGAGGUCCGUACUUAACCUGAAACUGUUCUUAACCUGAAGCACCACUUUACCUAAUGGGGCCUCCUGCUGCUGCCGUGCCGCCGGAGCCCGAUUUCUGUUCUUAUCCUGAAGCAAAGUUCUUAACCUGAAGCACUAUUUCUGGGUUAGCGGAGUAUGUAACCUGAAGCGUAUGUAACCCAAAGCGUAUGUAACCCGAGGUACCACUGUAUUAUAUAGAGGUAUAAGUGAACAGAUAAGCUUCUUCUGCUUUGAGUGGAAAAAUAUUAGGAGCCACUUCUGUUGAUUGAGACCUCUCUUAGGGACCGGUUGGUGUCUCCUUUUCACCGUUUCUGCCCUUUCCCUCCCUCCGCGUUGCAGAUCUCAACGAUGCUGCGCGGAGAACCUUCUCCAUCCUUGGCCUCUUCUCCUCCCACGCAGCUGGAUCCCUCAGCAUCUUCUUCGCCUCCGAGGUCAUCCCCACCGUGAUCAGGUGAGGUGGAGAGAGCGAGAGGCCUCUCUCAGGCCCUUAACAAACUACAGCUCCCAGGAUUCUUUGGGGGAAAGAAGCUGUACCAUCAUGUAAGGUUGUGGAUGGGGAGUUGGGAAACUGCGAGAAGGUGGCCCUAUUUUAAAACUCCACCCUGGCUAUAUCUCCUUUGGUAGUAUAGUCCACCCUUCUUUCGCCAACUGCUUGGGAACAGCCGCCCUGGCCCCCAUUUUUCUCUUUCAUGUUUCUAGCCCUCAUUCUGUGACCAUUUUGUUGCUCUCCUUAUUUCGCUUCCCCAACAGCUGCAGGUGAGGAAGUGCCGUAGCUCAGUAGAGUCUAAUGCAGGCGUGGCCAAACUCGGCCCUCCAGAUGUUUUGGGACUACAACUCCCAUCAUCCCUAGCUAACAGGACCAGUGGCCAGGGAUGAUGGGAAUUGUAGUUCCAAAACAGCUGGAGGGCCAAGUUUGGCCAUGCCUGGUCUAAUGCCUGCUUUGAAAGGUUCCAGGUUCAGCUCAUCACAUCUGAAGGUAGGGCUAGGAAUCCUAGAUGGACCAGCAGUAUAUUCCUGUGUCUCUAUAAAUCCGUACAGCAUUGCCACACAUGCACAGAAUUUGGUACUCAAUCAGUCAAAUCUUUAUUACAGUCAUAGACCAGCAUAAGUAGGGUGGAGCACAAUCAUUUAGAAUCUAUAAAACGUUUUGGAAAGCUAAAAAGUAUUAAAACAGACGGUAUAGCUAAAGAACUAUAGAAAUCAAAAGAAACUAAAAGAAUUUGGUACUGGUAUCAGGACAGAGUUCUGCUUCAUGAAAACCAUGCUGUCCUUUUUUAAAAAAAGUUUCUAGUCCCUGGAAAACGAGCGAGGUACCAACUAGAAAAGAAUGGCAACUUAAGCUGACAGAAUAUGUGCAGCUUGCAGGCUUAACAUACAGAAUAAGAGAACAAGAAGAACAUACGUUUAGAGAAGAUUGGAAAAUGUUUAUUGAAUAUAUGGGGGCAAAUUGUGUACACUUGAAAACUUUGGCAGCAUUAAGAUAAAUUCAACUGUGUGAGUAAGUUUUGAUGGAUGUAAUAAUGGAAUACUGAAUGGUAUCGUUUUUGUAAAAUAGGCAGCGAUUUAUGAUACGCAAAAUGAACCAUGGAAAGAGAAGAAGGGGAGUUCGCUGAUAUUUUAAGGAUGUUUAAAUGAGAAUUCUAAAUUGUAAAACAGAAAAUUUAAUAAAAAUUAUGUGUAUAUAAAAUAAAGUAAGUUUCUAGUCCUUAAGACUGGGAACAUAGGCAAACCUUGCUGAACUCUCUAAAAUGCUGAGAGCAAGGAAAGCAGGCAAAUGGCAGGAGCUGAGGUGUAUUUAGCAGUCGGGAUUCAUCUUUCAGUGCCCUGCGUAACCUUUUGUGACUAACCCAAGUAAAAUGUCAUGCAGAGCCCUUCAAAACUCCAUAAGCCACCAAGCACCUUAGGAGCGCAAUAAUUUUCAUUUUCCCCUCAUGCUUGUUUACUCCCCUUCCUCUGGAGGUUUUUAAGCAGAGGUUGGACGGCCAUCUGGCAUGGCGGCUUUAGUUCAGAUUCCUGCAUUUCAGGGGGUUGGUCUGGAUGACCCUCAGGACCCAUUCCAAGUCUACAAUUCUAUAUUCUCUUUCGUUCCAUUUACGGGAGCCUUGGGAAAAGGACCCCCCUUCCGCUCACAGCUCUUUCUCUAGCCUUCGCCGUCCACCUGUUUUGGAGAACUUUGUUAGAUAACGCAGGAGCAAGGAUUAACAACAUCUGCUGAGCCCUUCCUGCCACUGGUUCAGCCUUGUCCUUGAGGCACGGGGAGCUCCGCGACCUUGGCGAUAAGGUCCCUAUGGCAACUGGUUUCAGGAUCGCGUCACCAAGGCCCUCUCUCUUUCUCCCUCCACAGGGGCAAGGGCCUGGGCCUGAUCCUGGCCGUGGCGUCCCUGGGCGGCCUGAGCGCCCCUCUGCUGCGGCUGCGAGAGCAACACGGCUCUUUCCUUGAGCACAUCGUCCUGGCCUCCCUCAACAUCCUGGCUCUCCUCUGCCUGAUGCUGCUGCCUGAGAGCAAGAGGAAGGGGCUGCCAGAGGGCCUGCGUGACGGGGAACUCUACCGGAGGCCUUCGCUGCUACGCCGGGCCGGAGGAGGGGAGAGCCGGGACUCGGAAGGAGCCACCCGGCGGGACGACGUGCCUCUGCUGUCCACGCCGAACCCUGCCAGCUGAUGCACCCUCUGCCGCCGCCGUACACACGCCCUGGCUGGAUCUGGACCUCCUUUGCCCGCUGCGUGGUUUAGGACUUCACUGAGGCCUCACAAGGGCAGAAGAAGACAUUGCCAAGCGGCCUCCACGUUUUCCGGUUUCGUUCUGCAGCCUAGCAUGAGAACCAGCAGCCGCAGAGCUGCCCUUUCCUCCAUCUCGCAGGCUGGGUGGGGGUAAACCAUUAGCAACGCUGAUCAUUUAUCUUUUUUCCUUCCUUUUUUUAAUAAGCCUACGAACUGGCUCGCCCCCGCUCCUCGCACACACGCAGUUCAGUUGGCGAUUCAGUGUGGCUCACCGGACGAGGCCCGGCCCAAGACCACACACCCACCCCCUGACCAUGCAGGCUUUCGUGGUUGGGACAGUGAACCCUCACAAAACAAGACCGCUCCGUGUGCAGUAAUAAUAAGCUCCUAGGUACAGUAUUUCCAGAAAGCCAGGUCCUUUCUCCGAGUUCCCUGCCCCGAAAGAGCAGCUAUCUGCCUUGAUCCCUCGUCUUGACCGCCUCUUCAAGUGGAAAUUGACAGGUGAAGCUCUGUCCAAAUUGGAGAAUGGGGAACUAGGGAAAGCUACCCAGCCAGAUGGGCAGGGUACAAAUAAUAAAUUAUUAUUAUUAUUUCCCUGCCAGAUUUCUGGCAGUCAGGUGUUAAAAGGCCCAGGAGCCCUGGCAGAAAUAAUAGAGUGUCAGAUUUAGAGAGGUGUUUCCUCACCUCUCAUCUGUUUUUGUAGUUUUUUCCUUAAAAUGCUUGGCUGCUCUCCAGUCUGGAAAAAACAUCCAUACAGUAUUGGAUAUUUAACCAUCUUGGGGGUAUAACUUGCCCCAAGAUACUGAACCGUAGAGGAUUCAUUCGGAUCAGAUUGUUUCUGUUCCCAUUUCACAGAUUUAGGAAACUGAGGCCAAGAUGGAACGUUUACGGGCCAGUUUCAAAGUCAGGGCCAGAGCUUUCAACCUAUGCACUACAUUCAGUCGUCGUUUUGAUAGCACAUCUCAGUGUACAAAGGGCUUUGAAUGUCACUCUUGCCAGAGUUGACUUAACCCCAAAAUGGAAGCAAGAGCCUUGUAAAAGUGGGCUGUUCUAUAUUCUUCUCCAUGAUCUUGCGAAAGAUGGCUGCUCACUCAAUCCCUAUCCCACAAUCCCCUGCUGCACUCCAUGGCCAUUGCUCAACACCUGGGGGUCAGGAUUGCCUCUUAUAAGCUGGGCGGCAUUUCCCUGUUUUACCAUCCUGGAGGGAGCAAAACCUUGUUGGAUUUCUGCUUCCUUACUGUCAAAAGGAAGCAGCAAGCUGCAGGCUUACUUCCAGCACUAAGAGCAAGAAACCUAAUUCCUUCUCUUCUCUCCUCCCUGCCUAUUUGUAUACUUUAUAAAGCAUUGACAUGCACACCACAUCAGGUACAACUGGUUGUUCCACCCCUCUGGGCCCAAGGAAAAUGCUAAUUUUUAUCACCAAGGAGGAAGGGGGGGAAAGAGAUGCCUGAAUGUGGGAAGGAACAGACUGGGCCACUCUACUUGCUCUUUUGGCAACUCAAAACGCAACCCACACAGGAGACUCUGGGAGGACGGUUGGCUGCUUUCUACGGGAAACAAACUACUGACUGUUAAUAAGCUAAAUACAAAUUAAAGGGGGGGCACUUCUUGAGAAUCCUUUGCUUUGCCCCAUUUAUUUCGGC